AUGAGCUCGAUCGGCACCGGGUAUGACCUGUCAGCCUCAACAUUCUCUCCUGAUGGAAGAGUUUUUCAAGUUGAAUAUGCUAUGAAGGCUGUGGAAAAUAGUAGUACAGCUAUUGGAAUCAGAUGUAAAGAUGGUGUUGUCUUUGGUGUGGAAAAAUUAGUCCUUUCUAAACUUUAUGAAGAAGGGUCCAACAAACGACUUUUUAAUGUUGAUCGGCAUGUUGGAAUGGCAGUAGCAGGUUUGUUGGCAGAUGCUCGUUCUUUAGCAGACAUUGCGAGAGAAGAAGCUUCCAACUUUAGAUCUAACUUUGGCUAUAACAUUCCACUAAAACAUCUUGCAGACAGAGUGGCCAUGUAUGUACACGCAUAUACACUCUAUAGUGCUGUUAGACCUUUUGGCUGCAGUUUCAUGUUAGGGUCUUACAGUGUGAAUGAUGGUGCACAACUCUACAUGAUUGACCCAUCGGGUGUUUCAUACGGUUAUUGGGGCUGUGCUAUUGGCAAGGCCAAGCAAGCUGCAAAGACAGAAAUAGAAAAGCUUCAGAUGAAAGAAAUGACUUGCCGUGAUGUUGUUAAAGAAGUUGCAAAAAUAAUUUACAUAGUACAUGAUGAAGUUAAAGAUAAAGCUUUUGAACUGGAGCUCAGCUGGGUUGGUGAAAUAACUAAAGGAAGACAUGAAAUUGUUCCAAAAGAUAUAAGGGAAGAGGCAGAGAAAUAUGCUAAGGAAUCUUUGAAGGAAGAAGAUGAAUCAGAUGAUGAUAAUAUGUAA